UGUUCAGAUAAUACCAAUUUGUUAGCAGAUAAAAUGGAAAUGGAUAUUUAACAAUAAGGGAAGAAAAACAUAUGUUUGGUUCCUCCAAAUUACGGUUGGAGGGUGUGUUCACUGCCUCGUCAUGAAGAGGGUGGAGCCAAGAGGCCCACUACAGAAGAAAGCAUGUGGUACCAUGAGUGGGGAAACUUCUAAGCACUACGCUGCGAGAAGACUUCGCUGGCAGUAAAAAGUUAAAAACGUUAACAAAAACAAAACAUAUAUUUACUGUUGAGCUAGAGGAGCAAAGCAAACAGCGACAGGGAGCGCGGAAGGACAUUUGGGUUGUAUGGCACCGCAGUUGUGCGCCAUGAAUCCUGCGCAAGGAUCACCGCCCUCGGCUGCAGCACCAGAGGACACCUACCAGAAGGAGCGCGCCUCAGGAGGCUCGGCACCGGACCAGCUCGACCUGUCACCUGUCACCAGGUGUAAAGGCAAAAUUGUGGAUCUGCCUUUCAGCGUGGAAUCGCUCAUAUCUGGAGACAGGACGCAGGGUAGAAGUCACCGACUGACGGAGUCCGGCAGAGGAUGCGCGAUAGAGGACAGCGGGUGCGCUUCACCAGUGGAACUUAAUGGGUCCAAAGCCGAGAAUGUGGACGUCAGCGACAAGGAGAGCAACCACUGGUUCCAGUCGGCUGCUUACACAUCACCUUCUAGACUCCCAAGCCCGACACAUUGCAAUCUGCGCAAACACAAGAACAAUAGGAAACCCAGAACUCCCUUUACGAGCUCCCAGCUGCUGUCCCUGGAGAGAAAGUUCCGUCAGAAACAAUAUCUCUCCAUCGCCGAGAGAGCGGAGUUCUCCAGCUCCCUCAGCCUCACAGAGACCCAAGUCAAGAUUUGGUUUCAGAACCGCAGAGCCAAGGCCAAAAGACUGCAGGAGGCUGAACUGGAGAAGCUCAAGCUGGCCGCCAAGCCUCUGAUGCCGGCCUUCGCAUUCCCCUUCCCGCUGAGCGCACCCAUAGGCGCACCGGCCCUCUACGGGGCAGUUAACGGCCCUCGGCCGGCCUUGCCUGUACCAGGACUAUACGGUGGACCUUACGGGAUGUACUACUUGUCUUAACCGGAGGCCUUUUUAGGGGGAGGAAAGUCGCCUUUAAAAACAAGUCCGUAAAAUUGUCUUUUAAAAUGAAGAAAUGUACAUGAGAAUAUUUAUUCAGUCGCAAAUGAUCUAUAAAUUAGUUUUAACUAUAAAUAUAUUCCAUAUAAAAACUGUUAAAUUGUUUUAUAUUUGUUGCAAAAUUGGCCUGUAACGAAAAUUUGCUAAAUCCGUUGUUUUUAAUGAACAUUUUCUUCUGAAGAGUGUAAGACUGUAAAACAGAAAAAUGAGGAUUUCAAACAACUAUUUCUGUUCUUUUAAAAAAAAGACUUUCUAGAAGAUGUAUGCAUAAAAUAGCCAAAAACAGGUCAUGUGACCACAUCUGUUAUAUAUUGUAAUCCAAAGACAUACCCAGCCAAUGCAAUUACAUCCAUUUUAUGACAAUUUAAACAAACCUGAUCUUUCAGCGCAAGUAUGCUCAUUUUAAAAAUGCAGGAAAUUUGUUAUGAAUGAAUACAAAUAAUGAAGCAUUUGUACACCACUGCCCUUUAAAUGAAAAUACCUCAUAAAAUGUUAAAAAGCUCUAUAAGGAGACAAAAAGUUGGCAACAUUUGUAUGUGUAAAUAAAAGUUAAUGAUUUAUUUUAUACUCAAAGCAAAUGAAUUCCCAUCUGUUACAUGUGUAUUCUAUUGUUG